AUGGACUACACAGUGCCAUUGUCAAAAAAUUCUGGAACUCCAUUAAGCUCAACUUCGGAAUACAGGAAGUUAGUUGGAAAAUUGUUGUACUUGACCAACACCAGACCGGAGAUUGGAUAUGCAGUUGGAAAACUCAGUCAAUUCUUGGAUUGUCCCACAGAUAAACACUUUGAAGCUGCCAUUAGAGUAUUAAGGUAUCUCAAGGGAGCACCAGCACUUGGGUUGAUGUUUUCAGCUCAUUCAGACUUAGAGCCAGCGGGAUACUCAGACAGUGAUUGGGGGACAUGUUCGGAUAGUAAAAGAUCAAUAUCUGGGUAUUGUUUUUUUUUGGGAACUUCAAUUGUAUCUUGGAAGAGUAAGAAACAAAAUACAGUUGCAAGUUCAUCAUGCGAAGCAAAGUACAGGAUAUUAGCAAUGGCAACUAGGGAAGCUCAGUGGCUGACCUACAUCUUGCAAGACUUGAAAGUGAAGUUGGAGAAGCCAAUAGCCAUAUAUUAG